AUUGUAAGUUUUGAGGGACAGAAACUUGUGGUCUCCCCUGACUCCAAUUCCACCCACCUUCAACUCUCUCUCUAUCUCAACGCUCAGCCUCACCACCAACAAGUAUACUUCCAUGGCGGUCGGACUCUUCGCCGUCACAACCCCCACCCCCUUCCGCCUAAUCCACUCCUCCUCCUACCACCUCCCAAAACCCAACCGCACCACCGUCUUCUUCCCAAAUCUCCGCCACCAGAAGUCAGCACUCCACAGGGCUCGCCGGAAACUCUGUUUCACCGUCUAUGUAGUGAUGGAGGACCAAAAACAGAUAACCAACCUCGACAAUUCCGCCGGAAAAUCCCCGGAAGCCGCCGAUUCUCAGAUUCCAAUUGUAAUUCCGUCGGUUCGCGUGGCGGAGAGGCUGUCGAGGAAGAAAUCGGAGAGGUUCGCGUAUCUUGUCGCUGCCGUGAUGUCCAGCUUAGGGAUUACUUCCAUGGCUGUCAUGGCUGUUUACUACAGAUUUUACUGGCAAAUGGAGGGUGGGACUGUGCCAUUGUCUGAAAUGCUGGGUACAUUUGCUCUAUCUGUUGGUGCUGCUGUGGGAAUGGAGUUUUGGGCAAGAUGGGCACAUAAAGCUCUUUGGCACGCUUCCUUAUGGCAUAUGCACGAGUCGCACCACCGACCCAGAGAAGGUCCGUUCGAGCUUAACGACGUGUUUGCGAUAAUCAACGCCCUUCCGGCAAUAGCCCUUCUCAGUUAUGGUUUCUUCCACAAAGGCCUUGUUCCUGGCCUUUGUUUUGGUGCUGGCCUUGGAAUUACGGUGUUUGGGAUGGCGUAUAUGUUUGUCCACGAUGGCCUAGUGCAUAAAAGAUUCCCAGUGGGGCCAAUAGCCGACGUGCCCUAUUUGCGAAAGGUUGCUGCAGCUCAUCAGCUCCACCACUCGGAGAAGUUCGAGGGUGUUCCAUAUGGUUUGUUUCUUGGACCUAAGGAACUCGAAGAAGUGGGAGGACUAGAAGAAUUGGAAAAGGAGAUCGAUAGGAGAAUCAAAGCAUACAAGGGCUUAUAACUAGAUCGAAAUUUUCAGUGUAAAAAAAAUGAUAGAGAUAAAUUAAAUGUGUUUUUGUGAUCAAUAGUGUGUUACAUGCAUGGCUCAGCCAGCCUACUUGCAUAUCUUUGUAUGUUUUGCCAAUCUGCUGAGUGUAUAUUUUGCAAUGAAGAAAGAAGGCAUUUGUGUA